ACUCGUGUUGAGCCAUUCUCAGGAGCGAGUCCUUUGGACUGCACACCAGCAAGAGGAGGAAACUGCAGUGGUGACUUAAAAAGGCUGCCUUUUCAACACUUUGCAUUUGGACACUUGUAGUCCUGUUUUUCUGGUGCUUCAGCAGAGACGGGCGAUCCUCUGUUUGAAGUGAACUCGAAGAAAGAGCAAGACUCACCUGAACACUCUGGUGGAUAUCCUUCCUGCAACUGUUCCUUCUAACAUUAAAAAAAAAACAAAAAACUAGUUCUUGUCACCACUACAUUUGCCAACAAAGCAGAUCAAGAGCAGGCUCCAAUUUCUGCACUGUGAAAUUGAAUCAGAGGAACGGAGAGGCAGUACAGCAGAGGCAUUGUGUCCCUGCAAUUGAAAUACUAACCAGCUGAAAAUAUCAAAGACCAUCCUGGACAAAGCAUUCCUCUCAAACCUUCCUUGUUUAUCUAAAAUUGGCUGUUGAAGUAGAAAGUGAUCAAAAAGCAAGAGAGCAGAAGGGCAGAGGACUACGUGCAGGUGCUGGGGCUGUCAUGGUGCGUGGAAGGGGUGUGGCAGCGGUUCCGUCCUGCUGGGGCCUGUGGGUGCUCGGUGCCCUGUCGCUGGUGGUGUUGUGUCUGUCUGACCAGGCUAUCCGAUGCCCGGUGUGUUCUGAGGAGAGGCUGGCCAGCUGCCGCCUGCCGGAGGGCUGCGAGGAGACAGUGCGAGAGCCCGGCUGCGGCUGCUGCCCCACCUGUGCCCUGCCUAAAGGGGCGCACUGUGGCGUCUACUCACCCCGAUGUGGCACGGGCCUUCACUGCUACCCACCUCGUGGUGUGGAGAGGCCACUACACUCACUGAUGCACGGACAGGGCAUCUGCACUGAUGAGAGGGAAGUGGAAGAGAACUCAGCAAUGGACAGGCAGGAUGAGAUCAUCAUCGAACACCCAAACAACAGCAAUAUCCGGUGCAGCCCCCAGGACAAACGCUGCAUACAGAAGACCCUGGCCCGGCACCCUCCCAAAUCCACAAAUCAGAGAAGCAACGCCGCCAGGGAGGAGACCAAGGCAGCGCUGGCUCCAUGUCGUGCAGAGCUGCAGAGGGCGUUGGACAGACUGGCAUCAAAUACUCGCACACAUGACGAUCUCUUCACGAUCCCCAUACCCAACUGUGACAAGAAUGGCGACUUCCAUGCUAAACAGUGCCACCCUGCACGCGAUGGCCAGCGGGGGAAGUGCUGGUGCGUGGAUCAGAAGACAGGCAUGAGGCUGCCGGGCCCACUGGAGUUGCGAGGGGAUUUGGACUGCCACCAGUUAAUGACAGCCACCUUGAGGGAUUGAGAAGUGUAUAUAUAUAUAUAUAUAUGUGUGUGUAUGUGUGUGUUGUGGGGGGGUUGCAUUGAGAACACAGGACCAGCUGAAUUCUACUGGUGCUUUAUUAGUAGAACCACACAUGGAAAGGACUUUGCCCACAGCCUCACUUCACUUGAGGCUAAUGGUACUUAAGUUUACACAAAACAAAAAGGAAACCAUUGAAUUGAGUUCUUUUGCUAUUUUGUUUCUGUGUGCGAGAGUAUGAGAUCUGUUUGAGUCUUUUGAGCACUUGGUGUGUAUUGUUUCUGCUAUGUGAACUUAAGACCGUUAGUCUUUAGACAUGUGCUUUAAAGUGACAGGUGCAGAUCAAACUCACAGACAACAGUUGUGAUAGUUGUGAUAUGUAUUUUGUUUUUUUCUAGUCUAACAUGCUUCAGUCUUAAAAAAAAUGUCAAAUAAAUUUCAACCAGGUAUGAUCAUAGUUGAGAUAAUACCAGAGCUGCUGGCAUUAGAUUCAGCCUUUCUGGGGUGAAGAUGAGUUGACAUGACUGCAUCAGGACAAUCUGGACAGAUUUUCAAGAAUCAUGUAUUGUAUGUGAUCAUGUUUGCUUGCUGGUUGUGAUGUGAGAUUGUUAAUGUAUUGUCCUACGUGUGCUAAACCCCACCCUUCUGUAAGUAGGUGAAAACCAACCAGAAAGUGUGUUGUCUAACACAAAGUCUAGUUUAGUGACGACAAAAGGGCAGCAGUGAAGGUGGGAUGAGAACAACAGAUAAAAUGAAGAAGGUCACAAAAGAACACAACAUUCCCCCGCCUUGAAUUACCAAAUGCUAAACCAUAGCUGUUCACAACAUCAAGACCUAAGUGAAAAGUGAUAUCUUUGACAGAGAUUAGUCUGGAAACUUAUCCGAGAGAGCAGAACAAACACAUUACACGACUGUUGUUCACUGUGCUUCCCCCUGUCUUUGCUCAUGACUUCUUUCUAGCAUUGUUGUCCAGAAGGCCUGGCAGCAGAGCCGGCCCACAAACACUGUACACUGCUGAUAGUGUAAUCUUAUUUCUCCAGCUGGUGCAGUGAUGCCAGUUUAACUCAUGUUUUUAUGAAUAGUCUUCAAUGUACAGGAUUUCUCUCCUAACAGCCUGCUUGGCAGAACUUUGGUGGUGCUAUAUACAAAUUGUGCCAAAAUACAAGACAAAAAAAUAGCUUCUGCACUUGUAGGGCAUCGUUUUGAAUAUAAAAUGAACGACUGGGAUUUUAAAGAAGUGGCAGUAGCAGAUCACUUAAAUGUGACCAUCUGUACUGACAGAAGCUGCCCUUGUGUGUUCAAUGUUAGUGUCCUAAUGUAAAAGUAACAUACCAUGCUGGUUUUGCACAAUCACUGCAGCUGAGGGUUUUGCUGACCACAGUUUUGAGUAACUGUUCACCUCCCAGCAGCCUAGCAACUCCUUGCUAACACGAAGCUUUAAAUGGAGGACUUUGGUCGCAUGAUGAUUAUGUGGAAGCCAUAAUUUCCUGUUAAUCUCUCAAAACUGGCAUCACACAUACACUUAUUAUUCUAAGUGCAUUCCCAGUGCAAGUGACAUAACUCCUCAACUAUUUUAUACACUGUGGGUUAGACUGGUUCUACUGUAGCCAUUUGAUUGUAUUAAAUGCUACAGAGGUGGUUAUGAAUAUGGGUUUAAGAUAAAACUGGUGUUUAACAACCAGACAUGAACAUGGUCUCUGGAGGAACUUCAGUUUUUAAUUGACUUAUUCAGAUUCAAGAUUCAACUUGUGAGGAGUUAUUAUUGAUGUUGGUGUUUUUAUGUCAGUUAGUGCCUUUGCACAGCUUCUCUAAAGAGAGGGACAAAUUCCAGAAGAAAAAAAUAAUUCCUGCAUGUAACAGCUCAAACAGUUCAAUGUAAUAGUCUGGUGUGAGCAGAAGGAAUGAAUAUGUUGCUCAUUUAAAACAAAUAAAGGGGAAAAUUAGACAGACUGUGAUCCUCUGAUAGGCUAUUGUUUCUGUCACCAGAUGAAAAAAGCUUUGAAUGUGACUCUGAGCACAACACAUUGAAGAAGAGUGCCAUCACAAGUACUAUUAUUUUCAGUAUUUUAUAUAUAUAUAUAUAUAUAUAUAUAAUUUGUUCUCCGCUGCAUAUUCCACAUUGAAUUUGUUGUACUCUUGCAGUUGAAACUUCUGUCCCAUUACAUUCAAAUCAGCUUCCUCAUGGAACCCCUUUCCCAAAAUUUCUUUUGCUUAUUUUGUAAUUAUUAUCAGUUAUUUUUACACUGACAAUUGUUGUGAUGAAUCAUUUUUAAAUCCUAAAGACUCCGAUAAGUGUGAUGGUGAACAUAUGAUCUUGCUCUCAGUCAGAACUACACAUUGAGUCCCCAUCUAAAAAUGAAAUUAAUUUUAGUCACUGAAGGGUCAACGAAGAAUCCCUGCUGAAAAACACUAUAUUUGGAUGUCCUGCUUCCCUUGAUUGGGAGACAUUAUAUUUUACCCAAAGGCAGUUCACCAAAACACAGGCCCAGGGUCAUAGAUGGUAUGGGUGGCAUACUAUUGCUACAGCUAAAAACACAAAAAACCAAAUAUUCUCAAACGUUUUCCAAAGACUAGAAGCAAAGUAUCCAGAGCUAUCUCUACUCAUUCAGCAAACUGCAUGUACUGUAAAUAAAAAAAAAAUCCAAUCUACUAAUGAAGUGUUACAAAAUACACCUCUGUGAUAAAUAAUGUAGUUAAUCUUUAAGAGAAAUGACAAAUGGUUCUGGCUUUGAUUUUGCUGAAGCCCUCUAACUACAUAAAUUGUGUCAUUAAGCUAUAUUACCUUGCUUGAAUUUUAAUGUUGCUGUACUGACCUGUAACUGCAUUUCUCAAAAAUAGACUGUUUCUGUUUGUCUUUAAAAUUAUCUGUUAAUGUGUAGGACAUAUGAAAUAAUGUCUGCAUGCAUACAAACGGACUUGGGUUGGAAACAAAUCUAAGGUCUGGUGUAUCUCAUCCAGAGCAGGACCAUUAAUUUUACUGAUGUAAUCAGAGGACAGAAGGUAGUUUCAGCUGUUGGGAUGACCAUUUACAUUGUAAAUGUUUACCUGAUGAAAUUGUACACAUUGUAAUACAUCAAUUAAAACACUUUAGAGACAACG